AUGGACACCUCUGAGGAACCGAUGCGUAGAGUUUUAAGGUCCCGCAGGGCUGAAACUGAGCGACCAUCUACAAGUUCACCUCCUACACAACCAAGUGGAUUAGGUGAAGAUAGGAAUUCAACAAAUGAAAGAAUGGAAGGUGAUGGUAGUAAUGAGCAGAUAGGGCCACAACCAAGUGGAGAGGGUUAUAUUAAACCUGUUGGUUUAAAUAACAAAUUAUGGACGGCUGAGGUUGGCAUUAAUACACGAGAUACCGAAGCCCUUCUAAAGUAUAAAACGUGGAGGGAUGUUCCAGAUUUUGAGAAAGAGGUCUGCUAUGACCAUUUGAAGGUCAAACUCAAAGAAAGGCAGAGCCAAGAAGAUGAGGACGGUGAAAGGGAAGAGGAUCCUGCUAUUCGUUUGUACAAGGACACACAUUUUAAGGAACAAGGUGGAUGGGCACACGAGAAAGCUAAGAGGAAUUUUGAUGCAAUGAAAGAAAAGGCUGCACAAAAUUCUCAAAAUUCUGAUGGUACGAGUCCAUCCAUAAAUGAUGUUGAGAUAGUACAAAACCAACUAGGCAUAAGGAAGGGAUAUUGCCGUGGAUUCGGACAUGGUUUCGUGGCUCCAAAGCGUCAGCGUGCCUCUUCAUCAUAUGAUGAGGCUUCUAGGAAAAGGGCCGAAAUUGCUGAAGAAAGAAGUGUACAAACGGCGGAAAAAAUGGAAAAACUUGAGAAGAUGCUUGAGCAGUACCAACAACAGCCGCCACCAUGGUUCCUCUAA